GUAUCGGUAUCGUUAUCGCUCGAACGUCACAUGAUUACAAACCCUCCCGUUGCUGUGACGGAUCAUUACGGACGGUCGGCUGAGAUUGUUUGACAGGCGUCAAAGGGAACGUGAAUUCGGCGAAUCUUCGAGAGAGAAGCGGAUGCGUCGCGAUUAGACUUAAUCCAAUUCUUUUGCACGGACGAGCUUAUCGGUCAGGAUGAAGAUCUGCGGACCCAAGUACGCCUUGUGCGGUCUAGUACUGUCCGUUUGGGGCAUAUUUCAACUGCUUCUUAUGGGAGUAUUCUUCUAUGUCCGAAGCGUAGCAUUGGUGGAAGACCUCCCUCUGGGAGAGAAGAAGUUUACCUCGCUGCAGAAUUUUUAUGAUGAAGUGGAUCGCGGUUACACGCAAAAUGCGUACAACUGCUGGAUCGCAGCAUGCAUCUACGUUCUUACCUUUCUCUUCUCGGGCCAUCAGUUCUACCUCAAUUCCAGAUCAUCGCUUAGUGUAUAAGUUAUAGAAUAUAUCGAUGGAUGUUUGUGGAUGCUGCAGGGCGUCCAAUUUGUAAUUCUGUACAGCUGAGAAAUAAGUACAUCAAGUACAUUAAUUUUAAUUAUAUAGCUACACGUUAAUUGUCGUUACAUUGUUCAGCUAUGCAAAUGAGUUGAAUAAUUGAAUUCAAAUGCAAUAUUUACUUGUGGACCAAAACAGACUCGGAUCUCGAGCUGUUUCUACAAGUAUAAGGAGUACAUUCAUCGCGUAUGUAUAUUAGUGAUAUUUUUCCAGGUAUACAAUAUUUCAGUAUACAAUAUUCAGUAUACAAUAUUGUAUAUCAAAAUAUAAUCGAAGUAUGAAGUAGACACAAAUUAUACAAUUCGUAGGAGUUUCA